AUGGCCAAAAAUCUCCUCCCUCCAUCAAGCUCAACAGGGCUUCACCAGGACAGGAAGUACUGUGCUCUGAAUGACGGCCUACAACAUCCAAUGGCCACCGGUCUAAAGAGCAUCACUCUCCAGGUUCUGAUGGGGCCAAGCAACGAAGCCCUCGAAGGGAAUCAUGAGGAUAUGCCUGCCCUCAUAGGAACUGAGCCAAAAAUUUCGACCGCUAAUGACAAAAUGGAAGAUCAAGCAUCAGAACGUGGACUGAGAAUGGCAAGACUCACUGAUGAUGCCGACGAAACGCCUAAAAAGUACCAAGUCUACGGUCUGAUGCUGGGAAUUAUGAUAACUACUAUGGCAGAGGAUUUCGGAAAAGGUGUGUUCAACUAA